GAACAAUUCUACUAGUUCGUAGUUUUGAUUUGCUAUUGCUUCCACGACGACCUUUCAUCAAAAAACCAUAGAGAUUUGCUCGCUCCUUUCCAAGAAAUUUGUGGUCAUUGGACAACGGAAGUCGUUUUGUGCACCUUCGACUUGUGGUCGUCUCACAGCGAAGCGCAUACUCUUUCAGGACAGAAAAUUGGCCGUCCCAGCACUGAGACUGACGGUUGAGUACGACGAGUCAAGAUCUUGGUCCUGCUAGUGCUCCUUUUUGUCGUUCUUCGUCAUCUUUACGUUCACGCACUGCAUUUGCACAUACCUUCAUCCCACAAAGAAUAAGAUGAUCGAUCCUGUUGAGGUUCUCCAGGUCCAUGAGGCUACGGGUGUUUCUGCGUGGUACGCUGCGGAGGUGGUGGAUUGGAGCGAUGACAAACUGAAGUGCGCUAUCGAUGCGGACACAACGGUGGAGGUUGACUUUAGCUGCGUCAGGCUCGCUAUGCAUUGCAAAAGCAUGAUCGCGCUAGUUGUAGUAACAAUUGCACUUCUACAGCCUUUGCAUCUCUACGUUGAAAAGUUGCAAUGGAAAAGAAGAGUUGUAACAAACGCUGAACUCGCUCACGACGAGCAGCGAAAUUUGUCAAGCAAGGUUGCAGUUACUACGAGCGCGAUACGUUUUGCGCAGGAUACUGGCAAAGGAUCAAGCGGCCUCGAACGAAGCGUUUCAGCCACAGGUACCUUUGCUUUAGUGGCGCUUGAGUGAAAAUCAAAAUUCAUUAUAUCUUGUUCGAUAUUGUUUUGUAUUUGUUCUUGUUGUGUACCAGCCACAUAUUGUUUACAGUUGAUGCUAGAGCCUCUACCUGAAGCCGAGACCACAUCGCUCACAGUGGCAAGAAAAUCUUCCACAAUACUCAAACCCAAAGCCCGGCACCGUGUGUGAAGUUUUGAAGCAAGGGCCUCUGAAAGCGCUGGGAUGGCAGCAAUGCUGCAUAAAGCAGAUUCGAGACGACUUCUAUUUCGUGUACCAGGGGGAUCCAGCAAAGUAUUGGUUGAUAAAUUUUAAUUACUUGUCUACUUGACAGUAGGUACGUUGUGCUUGUGAUGUUGUCUACCUCUUGCCUGCGCCUGCCACAAACUCAAACCACCUGCAUAACUGCAUUUGCAGGUUUGUGCGUGAUGAGCCCCCGGUAUUCGAUGAACAAGCGUUUGAAUUAAAGAUACGAAUAAAACGCUAUCACUCCUAUCAGCUCAUGGAUCGUGGAGCGGUCGAACCUGCGGCCGAUCCAGGAUAGCAGCAGCAGCGGCGGCGGUUCCUCAGGUUUGUCCUUCCAAAACGUAUCUCGGGAGGUCAUCCCCUUGGAACAGGAACUUUCGGCCUGGGUCACAGACGGCGCCGGGGACGCGGAUGCCUGCCUUCAGCAGGUGGCAUCCAAGGUGGGACUGCUCAUCUGUCGCGGUGGCUUGAACAGCGAAACAAGCAAGCCCGAAGUGGUCAUGGUAGGUAUAAAGGAAAAUAACGACAAUAUUAUACGACUCUCAUGUUUUAGUGACCACUCGUGAUCAUCAUGAUCAUGUUUGAUAUUCAUAUUACCAGAAGCAAUCUUAGAAGCGAGGCCUUUCAACUUGAUAUGCGUGCUCAUAUCGUUCUGACACUGGCUAUGACUAAGACUUCUAUGCAAGAACGUUGAGAGUUGCAGUUUGAUGUCACGACUGUACCUGUAGUGAUAAGACAUAUCAUCCACACCAACUUGAGGUGAGAAAGUCGCACUCCGGCGCGGGCGCAUGCUGCUGAGCACGCACUUGAAGCACCAGAAGUCAAUCCAGCAAUUCCAUGUGAAGCGGGAGAAAAAGAUGAAAGCAUUGGUAUCCUGAGUAAAAACGUACCCACACCAGAGUCAGGAUGGGGAUUUUGCAACACAAGCCUCGGAGUUUUGUGAGUCACGCAUGACAAGUUGCACUCUGCAGUGUAGUGCAGGUUAGCAAGUGCAGCCGCGUCACAGAUUCAUCUGCUCAUCCUGUUCACAGCAUCACAAAUUCCAAAACACGACUGGAAAUGGCUCUCAUGGGGAUGCGCAUUACAAGUCUUCUUGUCUUUGCAAAUCUGCAUUACAACUCUGGUGUGGGUACGUUUUUACUCAGGAUAAUUGGAUGAGCAGCGGAACAAAUACAGCGACAAAUUUUCGCAUGUAUCUAUCAUUUUGAAAUUUCUGAUUAACAAAAAUAUAUAGUUUUUCUCGAGAUGUAUGAGCAUGAUAAUGAUGUACAGGAGCGUGGUCAUCUUGGCUAGUACAACCUCCUCUUCACAAAACUCAGAGACGACACACUAAGAUGAAUCAACUAUAUCAGGAAUGGGUCGCAGAGGGUAAGUGCGCCGGUAUGAUUGUCGGCAAGGAAGGGAAAAACGUAAAGAGGGUUCGUGCGGCGCACGGCGUCGAGAUCCUCAUUGAUGACGAGGAGGACGGUUCGGUUAAAGUCCGCAUCUACGGUGACACGCAGGAGCAGGUGGACAAAGCGCGGGCAGAGCUAGAAUACGUGCGGGAUGAAUUCCAGGUGGAGAAGAACCUGGUCGGCUGGGUCCUGGGGAAGAGACGGGCGAAUCUGAAUGACAUCCAGGAGCAGAGCGGGAUCGGGCAAUGCAUGUAUACAUAGUUUUGCUUUUAGGUGGGUGCGUGGUUUUUAGUUGCAUGGUUCUUUCAUCAAUUACAUCUGGUAUAGUACAUGAUUUUUCAUCUCGUAGAGGUUCUUCUUCUUCUUCUUCUUCUUCUUCUUCAUUGCUUUCACUGCAUCACAGCUUCGACGGCGACAGGAAUGUUGUCACGUUGAUCGGUCUGAAGGAGCAAGUGCAGGACGCAAUGAUGCUGCUAGAGGCACACUGCACCUACAACGACGUCUAUCAAGAGAUGGAUGAGGAGCUUGCGGAGCUUGAAAACGAGCUCGACCGCGGCAACAGGGGCGCGGGGAGAGGUGGUAUAGGAUGGCUGCGUCUUUCGAUAUUGCAUGAAACACAUCUUGACUCUUGCACUUUCUCAUGCAUGAAAAUGAUGGAGAUCGAGAUGGACUAUACGCUGGAUCUGGAUGAUGUCUUCGUCUUCACUGAUAGAAGAUCGGCUACCACAGGUACUAAGGGUAAGGGAAAGCGUGGCAAGGACAGCGAGUCUAUGCAUCGGAAAUGUGUCUGGGUAUGGAAGAUUGCUAGAUUUGCCACGCAUGUUUGAUAUGACUCGAGACUCUGUGAUGUAGGGACGUGAAGAAAAGGUCGGGCCCUCUUGUCUGUCAUGCAAAGCCGCAGCCUGUGCCUGGGCUUGCCAUGCGGAACACGCAACACAUACUACUACUAGGAGCCCAAAAGUUCAACGUCAUGCUUGGCUGCGUUAUAAUGUUGCAGUGCGCCUAGGAUUCACUUUUAGCAUUACAGCCUUCUCGACCCAGACAUGUUUGCACUUGAUAGAGUCCUCCUCCGCCCGCCCGUCCUCCUCCUCAAAGUCCAAGAAGGGAUCGGGGAAGAUAGGCAUCGCAAAAGUAUCGUCCUAGUAUGAAUUGUCACAUGACAAAUUUUUCCAGAAGGGAACCCGAUCAGUUUGUAAUGCUGAACAAGACUUAUCUAAAAGACAAAAACAGAGAGAGCUGCGUUCAUGGCGCAGCAAAGGUGAAAUAAUAAGUAGCUACGAGUGCUGCGUCAAUACUUUUGCACAGGAUAGAGGAAGGGCGAGCGCAACUCGCGCAGCAACUACAGUUCCGCGGCGGACAGUCCGGAGGACGGUGCGGGAGAACCAAGACAGCAGGGCAGAAACAGCAACAAAUCGGUCGGGAAGAAGGGACGCAACAACAUAACUGUUGUCACCCGUACCGCGGAUGUGGAGGAAUACGAUAAGAAAGAGGAGGAUUACCCGAGUUUGACGGAAGCUGCAAUGACGCCGUCAAACCGCAAGAGUCGCGGGAAAAAGAAGGGGCAGAACAAGAACGACAGCAGUGGUGCAGCGGAUGUUGACAAGAAGGAUAACGAUAGUGGUACUGCUGACAAGACCGCCGACCAACCGGACAAAGACAGCUCCGCCACCUCCAAGCAGGACAGCUCAGCCUCCAAGGUCGUCGUAGCCGGCGCGAGCAACUCCACAGCGACUCCGGUCGUGAACAGCGGGUCAGCGGAUGACGCUUCGCCGGGAACGACCAUGGCCGCAACUCCGUCAUCCUCCUCGCAGAAGAAGCAGCGCGGCCGCCGCUCAGGGGUAUGCAUCGCAAAAGUACUUUUAUCGCGCGCAUUAUUAUGAUAAUCUGCAUAUGCAAAUCCAAAUUUUUAGUUGAGAAGAGCAACUGGAAUUGUCAUGUUGCAUAAGGCAAAAGCAAAAGGUUCGACCUGUCUGUCAUGCGUGGCUGCAAUUUGAAUGUAUACGAGUGCGAUGGUUGAUAUUUAUAUUUUGCGUUGCAUACGAGGGAAAUAAGGACGACUUGGUGAAUGAAAACGACACGUCAAGCUCGCCGGCGGGAAAGGGCGCGAAGAAUCUGAAGGCGGAAAGCACUAACACGAUCUCCACAACCACAGAGGUGGAGGCGUAGUUGGUUGAGGUCUAAAAAUACUGCUGGGGGGCGUUUCAAGAUCGGGCGAAACGGAAACAGAUUUCUAACAUAUAGUAAAAACUAUUUAUUGUUCAGCUUCAGGGCGGGGGUACUUCGACUUGCUGUCACAACUGUGUCUGUGACAAGCAUCCUAUCCAACCACCUCUACUUGUAUACGUUCAUAUACAACACGGCGAUUCAUAGGUUCUAUUCUUCUACUUUUUCACUCUCAAUUAAACUCUUUUUCUACUCCAUUUUCUCGAAGAACUGAUCUGUAUUUAGAAGUUGUCACAUAACUCCGAGGUUUCUACCGAAGCUCGUGACAGCAGAUGUUUUACUUGAUCGCGAAAUGUAAAGGAAAAGGCUAGUACAGUUUUCAAAAUUGGUUCAGUUGGUUCCAUCAAAAAGAGGUCUAAAACUGGCCGAUACUAGCAAGCUUAUAUAUAUGAUUUUGUUUGUCUCCUUUUCAUCUUGUUUCAUUUAUGAUAUAAAAAACUUUUCCUAGUGCUGGUUGACAAAGAAGCAAAGGUGCAACUACCGACUCAGAACUACUUUUCGUUCUGAUUGUAUUGUCCAGAAAAACUACCUCGAGCACCAAGUACCGCGGUAGUAAAGUCAACGGCUGGAAGCAUUAGCGAUAGAUGAAAUUGACCAAGGAGCGUAUAAUUUUCAGAGGGGAAUAAAAUAUAAAUAUUCUCCGAGGUCACUUCUUUUUUGUUGGGAGUACCACAAGAGCAAGUCAAAAUUUAUGAUGUGCAGCACUUGACAUUUCGUACUCGUUUUUGUAUAUAUUUGAGGCGAUAUUGCUUGUCAGAUGCUUUUUGAAUGCCUUGCUUGAUCGCUAUUUUGGCCGACGCUGUCAGUGUCGAACCUAAACUGAACCUGGAUUGAAGUUUUUUGUUUUUCGAGCACUUGUGAAAAAAAAAGAAAAUUGCUCAGCAGAGACUCUAUGCUUGUUGUAUCGGACUGAUUGGUUCAAGAGGCAAAA